UAACUUGUCGGGUUCCACAUUCUAAGAUCCAAAAUGUUCCGAAGAUUGCAGAACCACAGCCAGGAAAACUCUAAUCUAAUUUGACGCCAACUUUCAUCCAAUUGGAAUAUUAUUAAAUCUCUUUUUAAGAUUUCACAUUUGAUUCUUCUCAAUUUUUAUCUGCGAUUCUCGCUUUGUACCUUUGUUUUGUUUUCUUUUGUUUUCAAUAUAUUUUAAUUUUAAUUUUCCAGGAAAAAAAAUUAUUUUAGUUUAUUGUUUUAGUCUUGGGUCAAUUUUCACUGUCUCCUGAUGAUCAUUUUACCAUGUGGGGUGAGUUAAUUUGAGAGUGUCGUGCGCUGAUUUUUCUUCUUAAAGGCUCAAAGGGUCUUCUGGGUUUGAUCGAACAAGAAAAAAAAAAAGAGUCUUUUGUUAUCAUUUCAACGCUACCAGAUGCCAGAAAACAGGCAGGUUCUGAGGAAUGCUGAUUCUGGUGACAACAUUGAAGGUGGUGCAGAUUUUUCUGAAGCAAUUCGACAUUUGAAAAUCAAUGAUAAUUGGGAUAGAGAUGCUGCAGCUCAAUCUACCCAAUAUCCCGAUCGACCCGGUGAACCUGAGUGCUUAUAUUAUUUGAGAACUGGAAUGUGUGGUUAUGGAACUAACUGUCGAUACCAUCACCCUGCUCAUAUUUCAAUUGGUACUCAUUAUGGUGAAGAACUCCCUCAGAGGGCCGGGCAACCUGAUUGUGAGUAUUUUCUUAAGACAGGGACAUGCAAGUAUGGAUCAACAUGUAAAUAUCAUCAUCCAAAGGACAGGCGAGGUGCUGCUCCUGUGUCAUUCAAUACUUUAGGCCUUCCCAUGCGUCAGGAAGAAAAAUCAUGUCCCUAUUACAUGAGAACUGGGUCUUGUAAGUUUGGUGUUGCAUGCAAGUUUCAUCAUCCACAGCAUGCUUCCCUUGGAGCAUACCCAUUGGCUGGAUCUCCUACUCCUACCUCAACAAUUAUUCCUACAUCAGGUUUACCAUAUGCUGGAGGGUUUCCUGCAUGGUCAGCAGUACCAAGAAUGUCGUAUUUAUCUGGACAAGGACUUCAAUCUUAUGUGCCUCCUUUUCUGUCUUCUUCGCAAGGUGUUAUACCUGUGCAGAGCUGGAACAACUACAUGGGAAAUAUGAACCCUGCAAUGCCGAACGGUUUUCUUGGAUCUAAUCUUGUUUAUGACUACAUGAAUCUGGGCGAGUCACUCUUUGGUGGGCAGGCAAUAAAUUCUGCUCUCCCAAAUAGGCCUGAUCAACCAGAAUGCAGAUACUUUAUGAGCACUGGGACCUGCAAAUAUGGAUCUGAUUGCAAGUUCCACCACCCAAAGGAAAGAAUGUCUCAAUCAUUGAUAAAUCCACUCGGCCUUCCUGUGCGACCUGGGCAAGCUGUAUGCUCUUAUUACAGAAUCUACGGAAUGUGUAAGUUUGGCCCAACAUGCAAAUUUGAUCAUCCAGUUUUGACUAUCCCUCAGAACUAUGGCUUGACCUCACCUGCUAUGAAUGUACUUGAUACUCCUCUCACCAGGGGGUUAUCAAAUGUACAACCACCUGAGACAUCUCCUUCUAAAUUAAGUGACAAGAAGCUUCAGCAUUCUGAUGCAAAAGCUGCUACAGAAGAUUCAUCCAAACAAGAUGAUACUACAUUGAAUUCCUUCCCGGCUUCCGCAGAGCCUUUACACAACUAAACUACUUGAAGUUUGAUUCUUUUUUCUUUUGGAUAUUUUGUUUUCCCCCACAUUUUCAGGAGAAGUAUAUCAUACAUACCAUCUAUUCCCCCCCUUUUCACCUGCAAUUCUGUGGAGUUGGAUAGUUUGUUCAGAGAUUUUUGUGACAACCACUAGCUUGUGGGGAAUGGAAGGCAUUUUUUGUGUUGAAUAAAAUGCAGGAAAAGAACAUGAGAGGAUUUAAAUCUUCUGUGGCAUGGUUCGAAAUGCCAAUUUGAAGGAAUGGAAGAAAAUCAAAUAGAAAGGAAGAAGACAAAUAAGGGAAUACGGAAUCCAAGAGCAUUACGCGGUGGGUGGUAUUGGUGGUGGUUUUCCAAUAGAUUCUCUUUUUCUUAAAUAGUAAGAUAUGAUCUUUUUUUUAAUAAACAAGAUAUUUUUUAUAUAAUUCAAGAUAUAUGUAUGUUUUUGCAUUGUAAAAUGUAUCUCCUUUUCUCAUGACGUGGAUACAUUUCUGUUAUUGAAGAAAAUCGAAGGACGCGAAUCUAAAAUUCA